GCAUCCCAUAUUCCCAUCUCAUAUCCCCUAGAGAAGCAAAGGAUCACGAAUUUUAUAUAGAGAGAGAAAGUGAAAGAGAAAGAAAGGAGAUCUUGCUUACUGUAGCAAAAACAUAAAAACAACAACUUCAUUUUCUUCAAUUUUGGGAAAUUUGUUCUUCUCAUAAAAUCAUAAUAGUAGUAUAGAAAAAAUAAAAAGGGGGGGCUCACUCACUAACAACUGGGUCAUUGGAUUAGGUCCUUUCCUUUUCUUUUUAGCAUAUAUUGCAUUGUUUUAUAAAAAUUUCCUUCUUUUUCUUUUGAUCCCAUGAUUCUUCCUUCUGUUUUGUCUUCUGUGUUGGCAUUAUCAGAUCCAUUUUACUACAACUAAAAAAAGUCCCUACUUUUCUUUUUCUUCUUCCUCUUAUAAAACAUUAACAACCCAAACAAACUUUUUCUGAGUCAUAUAGUUUUCAGCUUCUUCUUCUUAAAAAAAAAAAAAAAACAUGGGGACUGGUUGGAGAAAAGCAUUUUGUUCAACUAUUCCAAAGGAGAGAGAAAAAGAAAGACCUACACACCGCCAUCAUAACCACCACCAACACCAACACCAACAAGAAGUUGUUGAUGUAAAAUCAGUCCCAAAUCCAAAUCCAAAUCCAAGUCCAAGAACUUCUACUAAAUUGAGUUUAUUCUCCAGCAUUAGCAACCCAUCUACACCUCGGUUACGCGUCCGAACCACCGCAACAACUACUACCUCCACCAGCACUAGCAACAGCCUCGGUCCGAGCCCGAAGCCGCAAUGCAAAUUAGGGUCGAACCCGUCAUCACCACGCUCACCUUUCGCUAUGCUCAAGAAUACCCUCCGUCUUACUAAGAAUGGAUGUGGAAUAUGUAUGCAGAGUGUGAAAACAGGGCAAGGGAUGGCAAUUUACACGGCGGAAUGCUCACACGCAUUUCAUUUCCCAUGUAUAGCGGCACAUGUGAGGAAACAAGGCUGUUUAAUUUGUCCAGUUUGUAAUAUCACAUGGAAAGAUGUCCCUCUUCUUUCUUUCCACAAAAACAACCCUAUUCAAUCCGAGGAAAUAAUUGUCGACAAAAAAACCAUCACCACAACCACCACCACCACAUCCGCCUCCGCAGCAAUAAGUGCUCCAGCGACACCUACUGGAAGUGCAAGGAUCCAUUUCGAAGACAAACGAGUCCAAUCGAUGAAAAAAUCAUCAGAAAGACCAUAUAACGACGAUGAACCACUUUUAUCCCCUCGGUUCAACCCUAUACCAGAGGCUGAAGAAACUGAAGAUUCUGAGGAAUUUCAAGGGUUUUUUGUUACACCCAGAAAACCACCAACUGUUAAUACUACUACUACAACAUCUUCUAUUGAUCCGUAUAAUUCAGUAGAUAAAAAAUCAUCAAGGAAUGUUGAGGUCAAGCUGCUACCCGAAGCAGCUGUUGUUUCGGGUAGCCGAUCUCAUGAGACGUACGCGGUGGCUUUAAGAGUAAAAGCGCCGUCUACACCGGCGUCGAUUCUCUCUCCUACCCACCGUGCACCAAUUGAUCUUGUGACGGUUCUUGAUAUAAGUGGGAGUAUGACAGGGUCUAAGCUACAGAUGUUGAAGCGAGCCAUGCGACUUGUUAUUUCCUCGCUUAGCUCGGCUGAUCGGCUUGCUAUUGUGGCUUUUGCUUCGGCUCCUCAGCGGCUUAUGCCGCUUCGUAGGAUGAGGUCACAGGGUCAGAAAUCGGCUCGUAAGAUCGUUGACCAACUUAGUUGUGGUCAAGGGACUUCAGUUGGAGAAGCUCUUAAAAAAGCCGCGAAAGUAUUGGAAGAUCGAAGAGAGAAAAACCCGGUUUGUAGUAUUAUCUUGUUAUCUGAUGGUCAAGAUGAUCCGGUUACGUCUAAUCAACGGCAGAGAAGUUCUCAAAUGUCUUCGACCCGGUUCGCUCAUAUUGAGAUCCCGGUUCAUCCUUCGGGGUUUGGGUUUCGAACCCAUGAACCGAAGGAAGAUGCGUUUGCUAAAUGUGUUGGUGGGUUGUUAAGUGUUGUGGUUCAGGAUUUAAGGGUUCAGCUCGGGUUUUCUUCCGGUUCAGCUCCGGCUGAGAUAAUGGCGGUUUAUUCUUGUAAUGGUAGACCGAGUUUAAUGAGCUGUGACUCGGCUCGGCUUGGGGAUUUGUACGCUGAAGAGGAGAGAGAGUUGUUGAUAGAACUCAAAGUGCCCAUGUCAGCUAUUGGGUCCCACCAUGUGAUGUCUGUUCGUUGCAGUUAUAAAGAUCCGGUUACUCAAGAGGUGAUGUAUGGGAGGGAGCGGGCCCUAUUGGUCCCGCGGCCCCACGCCAUUCGAUCCUCGGACCCGAGGAUAGAACGGCUUAGGAACCUUUUUAUUUAUACUCGAGCUGUUGCUGAGUCGAGACGACUUGUUGAGCAUUGUGAUUUUAGCAGUGCUCACCACCUUCUUAUCUCGGCUCGAGCCUUAGUCAUGCAAUCCUCGGCUAACGGCUUGGCUUCAGCCGAGGAGUAUGCGAGAGGGUUAGAGUGUGAGUUGUCACAUGUUCAUUGGCGGAGACAGUAUCAGGUGCAGAAGGAGCAGGAGGGUUCAACUGUGGUCCAGCAUAUGGUGGAUGAGAAUGGCGAGCCGCUUACGCCGACCUCGGCUUGGAGAUCGGCUGAGCGGCUUGCUAAGGUGGCUAAAAUGAGGAAGUCCUUGAACCGGUCUGUUAGUGAUUUGCAUGGCUUUGAAAAUGCUCGGUUCUAAUUUUAUUUUUUUAAAAAAAUUGUAGUAUUUUUUUACUUUUUUUUUUUUACAAAACAAAAGAAAAAGAGAAUCUAAACAUUAUUAGAGGAGAAAAAUGAGGGGGUGUAGCGUGGGCACAUGAUGAGAGAGAGAGAGAAAGGGAGGAACAAGGAAGUACCCGACGGCGCGGGCCUUUUUUCAGCAGAAAGAGACGAAGGCCCACAUUAGAAUGAUGGAUGUGAUUUGGGAUUAUUUGGGCCUUGUUAGGGGGACCAUACCUUGUUUUUAUUUUCUUUUUUAACAUUUUUAUUUUUAAGGUUUAGAAGAAGGAAAGAAAAUCCAAUAUGUAAUGGGUACAUUGAUUUUUACUCAUGUAAAAGGGAUAGUUGUAAAUGUAAGCAAUGAUGGAAGCCUUUUUAGUGUUCUUUUUAGCAGUCUCCUGCUUUUGGGUGAAAAUAGAUGACAACAAGGUACAAAGA